UGAAAGAAAAGGCAUUGUGAGUGGGGAGAGGAGCCAGGAAUAGAGAGGCGUUAUCUGCAGAGCAGGAUGGAGGGGGAGACACAACACAGCAGACACACACACACUGCUGCAGCCAGUGAAUGGCAGAGGAGGGACGGAGCAUGUGUGACAGUGUCAUGUAACCAGGGGCAACCACACAAGCACACAGCUCCCGGGGAGGCAGCCAGUGGGCAGGCACACAUUCCCAACCUGAGAUCUGCCAUCAGACAGCCAGCUGCCCGUCUCCUUCCCGCUGCCUCCAUUGUCAGCCUGAAAUCCGAGCCGGAACCCAAAGGAGCCACAAAGGAGAGCAGGCAGCACACAGACCGCUCCUGGGGCUGAUCCUCAGGCUUCCCGGGGACAUCGAGGAGGAAGUGCUGGCUGCCAUUCAUGAAUUAAUCAUCACAACUCAGCAUGGGCAAAUCCAACAGCAAGCUGAAGCCGGAGGUGGUGGAGGAGCUGACCAGGAAGACUUAUUUUACCGAGAAGGAGGUGCAGCAAUGGUAUAAAGGCUUCAUCAAAGAUUGUCCCAGUGGCCAGUUGGAUGCGGCUGGUUUCCAGAAGAUUUACAAACAGUUCUUCCCCUUUGGAGACCCAACGAAAUUUGCCACAUUUGUCUUCAAUGUUUUUGAUGAGAACAAAGAUGGACGAAUCGAGUUUGCAGAAUUUAUCCAGGCUUUAUCUGUCACUUCACGUGGGACGCUGGAUGAGAAGCUGAGAUGGGCGUUUAAACUGUAUGACCUGGAUAAUGAUGGCUACAUCACACGAAACGAGAUGCUGGACAUUGUGGAUGCAAUUUACCAGAUGGUGGGUAACACAGUGGAGCUUCCAGAGGAAGAAAACACUCCAGAGAAAAGGGUGGACAGGAUUUUUGCAAUGAUGGACAAGAACUCUGAUGGUAAACUGACUCUGCAGGAAUUUCAAGAAGGAUCAAAGGCAGACCCCUCGAUUGUGCAGGCACUAUCUCUAUAUGAUGGAUUGGUAUAGGGAUCACCCACCACAG